CUGGGAUUGCUAGUGGUGUGUGCCGCCCAUGUUCACCAGAGCAGAGGCUGCCUCAGUGUGGAAAAGUUACAGAGGUAAAGCUCGUAAACUCCAUAGUGGAAUAUCUCAGAAACAUGGAAUAAAAUUUCAUUUACAAACAAGAGUCUGAUGAGCCAGCCUUCAUCGGGACAGUAAUUUUCAAGGACGGGACCCCUCCACACUGCCAGAAAGCCAAAUAGAUUGAGGGAGACAGAAGGCUUUGAAGGGAGGAGAUGCCCAACAAUCAGCUGAUUUCCCCCUGACUGUUUUACAGAUUAUUGCUUUUACGUUCUUGCAUUUAAAAUACUUUUGGUCUGACCUUUCUCAAGAGCAGGCCUGUGAGUCUGUGAAUUUAAAAUUUAGGAGCAGAGUAUCAAGAAGACAAAGGAACAUGGCGAAAUAAAGCCUCCGGUCACGGCACAGAGAGGGAUAAAGCAACAAGUCUGUCUGGAGUGGUCUGGACAGAGGGUGUUGUGCUGGCUUACUCUCCAGGGCACACUCUCAAGAACACACACUGACAGUGCAGAGGUACUAAAUAUACCAGGAUUAAGGGAGUAUAAAGUCUGACAAAUUAGGCAUGAAAUUUAUUUCUUUGUUUUAUUUUGAAACAACAUUUAAAAUUACAAUCAUUUCACAGGGAUAUUAUGAUUUGACUUCUUGAGGCUUUUUAGUCUUUUACUGCUUUGUUAGGAAUCAUGCCCAAGGGAGAAUGAGAAAGGAGGUUUUGUAGGGACACCAGCACGGAUUCUUUGUUAAUCCAGACUUGAAUUAUACUUAGUACACAGCAAACAGAAGGAUUGUUGAAGUACUUCAGGCUAAAUAGUUCUUCGUAUGCGGGUAUGAGACCUACUGCUGUGCAGGAAAAGAGAAAUUCACUGCUCUUAAAAGGGUAGUCUGUUAAAAUAAAACACCAAUCGGUGCAUGGGCAAAAAUAAACUAAGGCCUGGUUGAGAGUUGACGUAAUGCUCUUGGAGUGCUGUAAUAACUCAUUAAUCGAGUCAAACUAACAUGUGUGGGAGGCCAGUCUCAGUGGAAAAAGCUCAUAAAAUAGACAGGCCUGUAAAUGUGUGCUACUUUGUCAAAAUAUUUAAAAAGCAAUGACCAUUACAAAUUACACCUAACAACAAAAGAACAUUAAGGCAAGGCAGUGUAUACUGAUUUUAUAAUAAUAUUUUAAAAGUAUUUUGAGAGUAAGGUGUUUUUUUUAUGUAACUCAUAGGAUGUUUUUUGUUUUCAUAUUAAAUAUUCACAAAUAAGAUAUUUACUUUGUGGACAUUUUGAUAUUUUGUCUGAGAUUGAGAAAGACAUUUUGCAAGACAUAUUGCAAAUGAAUGGCCAAAAUACUAAGCAGUUUUAGUUGCAAAACCAAAAUAGUUCUCAGUUUGACUUAAGGUCUUUGAACGAGAAGUUACUUUUUUAAAGGAAGGGAAAUGGACUUUAGCCUGGAGGAUUUGGCAUAGAACCUAACUUAGUUUUCAAAGCAUAAAAUCAGCAGAAACCUGCAAUUAUUUAUGUAGCCAAGUGCUACCCACUCAUACCACAUGCACCACGUCACUUUCUUUUUUUGCAAAAACAAAGUUUGCAGAUAUUUUCUUAACAUUUGAUCUUCCUCAACAUACAGCAGUGGACACUCUCAAACCCACUGGAGAUGGAAUAUAUGGAUCCCAUCUUAAACCACAAAGAUCUCUGCAGUCAGAAUUGGAUUUAUUUCUGAAAUUGUGUUUUCUAAACCAAAAACACAAAACAACUGUGCAGCCCAGUUUUUCUGACCACAUACCCCUCUGAGGUUCCAGGAUUUGGGGACAUGAGUAUUUUCAUCUCACAUCUAUCUCAGUGGGAUCAUUUUGGAUAUGGACAGCAACCAGUGGCAAAUCUUUGUGUACGUACUUAUGGAAAAACCUCUCUGACUCACUCAACUGCACCUUUUUUAGAUUUCUUUUUUAGAGAAGCCCUGAGCCAUGCAUAAUUUUGCAUGAAUGUGUGGAUAAUUUCCUGUCUCGCUAGGCCAGAUUCCUUCUACUGCUUAAAAGACACACAAAAAAACUGGAGCACCAAGAGUUUUAGUUGGAAUACUAAAACUUGGAGAUUUUGUGGUACUUUCCUGUGGUUUUAUUGUAAGCUCAGAAAACUCAGCAGUCAUGAACUUGGGCAAACUCUCUGGGCUGAAGGGACUGGUUUCUCACUCCUCAGGGAGGCGACGCUUUAAGGGGGAUUUGACUCCAGACAUGAUCAGUCCACCGUUGGGAGACUUCCGCCACACCAUGCAUGUGGGCCGUGGGGGAGAUGUAUUCGGGGACACCUCCUUCCUCAGCAACCAUGGUGGUGCAGGGAACAACGGUGAUGGAGACUCCAUCACCGCUUCAGAGAAGAGCGAGGGCUUCUUCUCUCGCACCCUUCGGCAUGUCCGCAAGACUCCAGAACGGCCACAGGGGAGUUCCAGAGACCUUUCUCCUCCACCUCCACCCAUCUCCCCAAUCAUAAAAAACGCAAUCUCCCUCCCUCGCUUGGAUGUGGACUCACCCAAUGGCUGCCCUGUGAAGGUGCUGUUUCCCAGCACACCCAAGACAUCUGAAGAAAGCACCUUUUCAUAUGGUGUAGAGUCUGGUUUUGUCACACUGCCCAGGCUGUCACGUUCAGAGAGGCCUGUGCAGAGUGCAGCUCCUUCAUCCUGCUCUGCUGAGAUACACCGUGGCUCUCUCACAGAUCUGCCGCUCACCCUCACUGUCCCCGACUCACUCAGCCCCUCCGAUUCCAUGACUUCCUUCACCGUCGACCUCGGCCCCUCGCUCAUGUCAGAAGUCUUUGCCAUGAUUGACAGGCCUACCGUCCAUGUGGAAGCCAAUCACUUCUCUGUAGUGGAGCACAAUCCUGAGCCCUGGGCUAAUGGUGACACUAAAAUGAACUCGGAAACUAGAACCUCAUUGGUGGAUUCACUUCUGAGAGAGGAUUCAGAGGGCCGAAGUUGCCUUUAUGGAGAUGAAUGGGGGUGUGGGGAUGUGAUGAAUGGAAAAUCCAGGAAACCAUUCAUGGUAGGUGAUCUUGUGCGCUCCCACACUGCCAAGGAGCACGGCAUGGAGGCCAAAAGGUUCCAGGAGGCUGCAGAUGUGCUGGCUCGGCAUUACGGCAGUGGAUCAAACAGGAGAACUGACAUGAUCAUCACCCAGAGGAGACAACCGUAUACUUACCCUGAUGAGGAGGAAGAGAUCAAGGUCUAGCAUGAAGGAUGAAUAACCUUGAGCUUUACAUUUCUAUUGUGCCAAAUGUACCAGAAGUUUUGAACAAAACAAAAAUAUUAACCAAGCUUCACUCUUGCUUGAUGAUUGUACUCUGUUGAAAUAAGAGAAGCAGAGGACUUGAAGUUGAAAAUAAUCCAAAUGAAGAGUCUAGGUUCUUAAAAGCUGUGGCUGUGGAAGGAUGUUGAAAUAUCUGAUGAAUGCUGGAAUAUGCUUUUAGCUUAGAUGUGGAUAUGAAAUAUGUACUGUGUGUUUGAUUGUGACAAUCAAUGAACAAAUUGACCUCAUUGCUAUUAUUUUCCUAUUCUGUUUGAAUAUGAGCAAUAUGAACAUUAAACCAUUAGCAGAGUCCAAA